AUGGCGCAGUGGGAGGAUUUCAAUCAUAUUUUCAAUUUCAACAAGAAAUACUCAUACGACGCGAAAGUGGUCGACCAGAUCAUUUCCAACCGCAAGGCACUAGAGAACCAACUCUUUGCCGAUCGACUACUCGGCCUGGCUGGCAUCACAGGAGUGACCAAGGUCUAUCCACCGAAGAGCAAUGCCGACCUCCGAUCGCUCAUCGAACAUAUCGUCUCCUCAGAACUAGAUAUCCACCACAAGCAGGCCUUGGUUUAUUACAUUCUCAAAGACUGUCGCAGUGCGCCAGAGGCCGCUCCACACUUUGCACAAGACUGCCACUUGCCCGAGAAAUAUCGUCUCUUCAUCGAGGGACUCUGGAAUUUAGAUCGCCUUGAGUUUAGACGCGCAAUCGAGUUCCUCGCCGAACCCUCCCUAAUCCCAACCUUCCCCGACGAGAUUCUCUAUGUCUUGACGCUAUCACAACUUCCCAAGCAUGAUGAUAGUCUCGCCAUCGCCUAUUACCUCACCGCCGCUCCUCCUCUGGCCACCGAGAAGGUCCAGCGAGCUUUCUACGAGACCCUUUGCCGGUCAAAUGUGACCGAGGCAUUCUACUUCACGCGGAAAUACGAUGAGUCGCAGCGCCGCACUUACUUCGAGCAGCUAGUCGAGUUCGUGCACAAGACGCCAGCAGGCCAAACACGGAGCAAACGUGCGAUGGAGCUUGUCGGUCUACCAUUGGGAGAGGACGAGGAAGAAUGGUUUGAGGAAACCUUGCUGCAUGGAAGUGCCAGGUCCUUCCCGGGAGCAAAGGAUACAGUCAUGAUGCGACGCUUAGCCAUUGGGCAGAUGAGUGGCCUUGGAACUGAGCUGGAAUCUCUCGGCGGCAAGAAGGUAGACGGGUUGAACUGGGAUACACUGCGCGAGAGCAUGCGCCAAACACAGAACGUCUACCCUUCCUAG